AUGGAGCUUACUUUCGUAGCCGGUGAACACCUGAACAUCGAUGCUGGGUUCUUUGCAGGUAUCUGGAAAGUCCACAGCAAGUGGCUCACUUGGGCCGGCGCACACGAGCAAGCAUUCUGCGAGGAGGAUGGAUCGGGGAUCUUUUCCUGCGAUCAUGCAGUCCUGCAGCUAUGGGAUAUCAUGAUCUCCCAGCUCAUCGCUACCGGCAAACAUCCUCGUAUAGCUACUGAAGAACGUUGGCUGAAGAGUAUGGCUAGGAUUCGCCUGUCGCAGAUGCCUCGAUCAGUCGCGUGCCGUUCGACACAGAAGAAAGGCGAGCUUGUGGUCACAUGGGAGUCUACGGAUUCACACAUGCACAAAAAUAAGACGGUUAGGGUAACCUAUCAUCGGGGCUCCCGCGAACAGGUAGAAAUGCUGGGCAAGCAGUGUCUGAACCAUGACGAUUCGGUCGAUUCUGGCUCACGCACUGCCACUGUAAAACCAAUCGAUCCGCGUAGCAACUACCAACCUCCUAGUGUCAGCGAAGACGAUGAAAUGGAAGAGAACGGGUCUCUGUACCAACCUCCAAGUAGGAGUUCAUCUCCGUCACUUCCAACGGCUACACCGGCACCGCCAGCACCGCGAGCGCCUCCGAGCCCCAGGCCACCACCAGAGCGCAGCAACACGGCGAGGGUAGACUUGACAGACCGGUCAAAGAAAACAUCCUAUGUUCCUGGCACUAAACUUGAGCACAAGUCGCUAGAUUGGGGUGGUAGCUUCCCCGGAAGCCACGACUUCUACCGGACUCGCGAACACCCAGACCAAGACAUAUAUAUCCUCAAACCGAAAGUCGGCACGAAGAAACCGCGUCACAAGAGGGUACUUUCGGGGGGUAUGGAUCGCGGUAGUGCGAAGAGAUCGAGGACCAGUAUGGUGGCCAGCCAAGCGGACGCGUCGUCAUACAUUGUCAUUCCGAGCUCAGACUCUGAGGAAGAUCCAGAUUCUCGUGCUACUCGAGGCAGUCCCUUCGUACGUGGUAGCCAGGCGACUGCGACUCCAUGGCCGGAAGGAGGCGUAACCUAUCGUUACUGA